AUGGCCGACGAUGAGGAAGCACCCCCGGAGGUGCAUCACUAUAAUGAUAUCCAUGAAGUCCCAUGGGACAUUCAGAAUUACUGGGCACAACGUUACCGCAUCUUCUCCAAGUAUGACGAGGGAAUCUGGCUCACGGACGAUGCCUGGUUUGGAGUCACCCCCGAGCCAGUCGCCAAUCAAAUCGCCGCGCAUCUCGUCGAAGGCGCUCCGGCUGGACGCAGCAUUCUAAUUGACGUCUUUGCCGGCGCGGGCGGAAACACGAUUGCGUUUGCGAAAUCAGGAAAAUGGAAGCGGGUCUAUGGGAUUGAGAAGAACCCUGCUGUUCUGCAAUGCGCCAAGCACAACGCGCGGAUCUACGGCGUGGAGAAUAAGAUCACUUGGUUUGAGGGAGACUGCUUCGAAAUCCUCAAGAACCAACUCAAGGAUCUGGCCCCGUACAGCGUGAUCUUUGCCAGUCCUCCCUGGGGUGGACCCGGGUACCGCUCAGACACGGUGUUCAACUUGCGCACCAUGGAGCCCUAUUCCUUACAGAAACUAUACAAUGAGUACUCAGCUUUUACCAAGCAUGUGGUUCUGUACCUUCCCCGUACAUCAGACUUGAAGCAGCUGGCGAAGACCGUCCCGGAUAACCGCCAGACAACCGUCAUGCACUAUUGUAUGGAAGGAGCCAGCAAGGCACUGUGUAUUUUCUACGGGGAUUUUAAUGUCGCAUGA